UUCCAUCAUGAGACUGGUGCUGAAGUACUUGGACAAGAUGAGAUGUUUCCGGAAACGUUCUACCAUUCCUUUUCUGGUGGCUCUCAUUACCUUCCUGCUCUUCAUAAACCUCUACAUCGAGGAUGGCUACGUGCUGGAGGAAGACAAACGUCAGUUACGAGAAACCUCAAUGCAUCCACUGAACUCAGAGCGAUAUGUUCAUACCUUUAAAGAUAUCACCAAUUUUUCUGGAACAAUCAACGUGACUUAUCGGUACCUUGCUGGAACACCUUUACCUCGAAAGAAGUAUCUCACCAUUGGAUUGUCGUCUGUGAAAAGAAAACGGGGAAACUAUCUGCUGGAGACCAUCAAGUCUAUUUUUGACCAAUCAAGCUACGAGGAGCUCAAAGAGAUUGUUGUGGUUGUCCACUUGGCAGAUUUUGAUCUGGCCUGGUGCGAGAGCCUAGUUCAGGAAAUCUCAAGGAAGUUCGGCCACCAUAUCAUUGCAGGACGGCUGCUAGUUAUCCAUGCACCUGAGGAAUACUACCCAUCCCUGGAUGGGUUGAAGAGAAAUUACAAUGAUCCGGAGGAUAGGGUACGCUUCCGUUCCAAACAGAAUGUAGAUUACGCGUUUCUACUCAACUUCUGCACCAACCUGUCAGACUUCUACAUGAUGUUGGAGGAUGAUGUGCGCUGUUCUCGAAACUUUCUCACCGCCCUGAAGAAAGUGGUAGCAUCUAGGGAGGGAUCGUAUUGGGUGAUGCUGGAAUUCUCCAAACUGGGCUACAUAGGGAAGCUGUACCACUCACGAGACCUUCCCAGACUUGCCCAUUUCCUGCUCAUGUUCUAUCAGGAGAUGCCUUGCGAUUGGCUUCUUAUCCAUUUCCGAGGCCUACUGGCCCAGAAGGAUGCGAUUCGCUUCAAGCCUUCCCUUUUCCAACACAUGGGCUACUAUUCCUCUUAUAAGGGGGCAGAAAACAAACUUAAGGAUGAUGACUUUGAGGAAGACUACCUUGAUAUCCCAGACAACCCACCUGCCAGUUUGUACACUAACAUAAAUGUAUUUGAGAGCUAUGAUGCUGCCAAAGCUUACAGUAGUGUGGAUGAGUACUUUUGGGGCAAGGCUCUGUCCACUGGGGACUUUUAUGUAAUAGUGUUCAACAAGGUAACAAAGAUCAGCAAAAUCAAGAUCAUCACGGGAACGGAUGAUCGGCAGAAUGAUAUUUUGCAUCACGGAGCUCUGGAAGUGGGGGAGAGAUUAGUAGGAACCAAAAAGGGAAGGCAGUGCUCCUCUUAUAUAACUUUAGGGGAGUUUAAAAAUGGAAACAUUGAGGUUCAUGAUGUGGACCACAAGAUAGCAUUUGAUAUUGAGUGUGUUCGCAUUGUGGUAACUGCAAGUCAGAAAGAAUGGCUUAUCAUUAGAAGCAUAAGCCUCUGGACUACACAAGGUGCCAGUCAAUGAGAACUUUUUUGAACCGUAGCUAAAGGCACGAAUAUCUGUUUAUUUAUCUUUUUUUUUAUUUAUGCAAUUUAUA